AUGAACCAACUGGUCAGAAAAAAGGACGGAGCGACCAGUGCUGUCGAUGACCAUACGAGACAUAAACUAGCAAGACUGCCUUUCGCUCCAUUAUGCACGCGCGUAGUGAUCCCUAACGGCAAUUCAUCGCGCCAGGCCGGUCAUCAGAGUGUCUCACUUGCCGCCAAGAAGGAGAACAAAUUCAGAUCCAGCUUGGACGGGACCAGUGCAGACACUUCGAUGUCUGCUGCUGCUGCUGCCGAUACUGCUGUUGCUACUCGUGCAAGUGCAUCAAGCAUCUUCAAAAAGAGCUGCAUCCUAUUCCCCAGUUACAUCGCUGGCAACACAUAUAGUACAAAGCGAGUAUGUUAUCGAUCGUACAAGGCAGUCGUCAGAGCAGACAAUGGCUGUUCCUGA